AUGGCAUCUUCCACGUCAAACGACGAGGAAAUGGAGGGCACCCAGCCCCUUCACAUCCCCUCCAACCCCUACGCAACCUCGUACAAGUCAAAUUACACCAUACCGGAUAAUGGAAUUCUGGACGCUCAAGACCUCGUCCUUCUGCAGCAUCUCAACUGCUCAUACUUCUCCUCCGGCCGUCCUCCCACUCUUCUCGCCCUCAAGCAACACGCUCACUCUCUUGUCAACAUCAUCCGCAAGCUCGCCUUGACAACCAACACUUGCCAUGUGGGACAGACCGAGUACCCAGAGACAGACUUGAAUUUUGAGGAGCAUGAGGCGUUUGACUGGUUGAACAACCUUGAUGAACCAUACGAGAACGACGAUCCGUCCCAUCAUGAUCCUCUUUGGGCGUUGCAUAACACUGUCAAAUCAGAAUCGGAGACGUUUGGUAUUGAGCAUCAUUGUCCUUUGACGCUGUUCGAGGAUAGCGGUCCUUCUUCUAAAGGGGGAGAUCAGCGUCGUCCAUUUAUGACACAUCAUGAUCUUGUCAUGCACGCCAAUGAAUGUCUUGAAAUUCUCGAUCACGAAUACGGUGCUACUGGUGGUCUCAUGUCUAUUCUCCCAACUAACUUCGAAGCCCCCAAAGAUCUGAAGGCGGCACAGCGCAUGUCCGAAAGGCAGCUGGAAGGCGCACGGAAUUGUCUCCUUGGCCAAUGGCUUCUGAACCAUCAACAUCUCAUGGGCCGAAUGCACGAGCUCGAGAUCAGUUAUGCAAACGCACUCGAUGUCAUGGCAGGCGAAGCUCUCGUCCCAAAGCAAACGUUGGGUCGUGCCGGUCCCGAUGGAGUUUCGGGGGGCCGAGCGAUUGUGUAUCCGCAGGACAAGUUCGUUCUUGUCAACUCGGGUCCAGAUGUUACGGGCUACAUCCACAGACUUCUCGAUGCUGCUGAAGCUCAGAUUGAACAAAAGGAGAAGAUCUGGAAAGCAAGCGGCGCAGUCGGCGAGCGUAUUUGGCGUGAAGAACGAGGCGGGAAAAUCUACGCCAGGGGCAUCGUUCCCGUCGACAUUCCAUCUCGAUUCUAUCGCAUCAAGGGCAAAGGAUCGCAGUCUCCUCUAUUCAUUAUCCCCGCAACCGAUCAACAUCCAGGCACCGCACAGACACGAAUCAUCGAGAGCAAGCCUACCGUCGUCUCUGUCGUGACGCCUACUUGGCCAGAGCGUGUGUCUGAUAUAGAGGCCAAAAACAAGGAGCGCCUGGAUCGGGCGGCGCAACUAGAGAAGGAGAACCGAGCUCUACUUCGUGAAAGGGUUGAGAUGCAGGAUAUGAUUGCUGUCAAGUCUGCCGAGAUGAGAAGUAUGAAUGAUCAGUUGGAAUGGUAUGAAAAGAAUGCUGGAGUUCGAAAAGAGUGA